AUGUCGAUACCCAACUAUUUACAUGUUUUUUCUUUUUGUCUUUUUGAGAAUAAACAGAAGAAAGUUAUACUCAUAACCAGGCCAAUAGUGGAGGAAGCAAUACUGAACAUGUUAUCGAAUUUGUAUGGUAAUAAUACCAUUUCUGCAGCGACGUCUAAGCCACGGAAGACUACUAUAGGAAUAACAGAGUUAGGUUGUUCUUCAGGACCUAAUGCCCUGUCAGUCGUCUCCCGUACUUUGGAAAUGAUUUACAACAAACAUUGUGAAUCUGGUAUUGUUAUGCCUGAGAUUCUUGUGUUCCUUAAUGAUCUUCCAAGCAAUGACUUUAACACCCUUUUCAAAGAUGUGGGAAAUUUCUGUGAUGAUUUAAGAAGAACCAAAGGAGAUGAUUCAGGACCAUGUUUUGCUGCUGGAAUGCCUGGUACAUUCUAUGGUCGACUGUUUCCUAGUGACACUCUUCAUUUCGUUCAUUCUUCCUACAGCCUUCAUUGGUUAUCUCAGGCUCCAAAAGAGAUUAAGAAGACUAAUAAGGGAAACUUCUACAUCACGAAAUAUCUGUAG